AUGAACACCUCUUCUUACUCAAACUUCUCCAACGGAAGUGGUCGAGCUCCAGAUGAAUGUGCCUUGUAUGUUCGAUUUCCAACACAAGGAGUCCGAGAGCAAGUCAUAUGGAAGCUUUUUAACCAGGUUAGAUCAUCCACAAAGUUUUAAAUUCAAUUUCAUUCACUUUUUUUAUAUUACACUCGAUACGUGAACCAAGAUUGGUUCAAAUUUGUUUAUUUACCCCCUCUAUAAAGGUCUUUAUUUUUCCAGUUUGGUGGUGUCCAGAAAGUAGUAGCCAGACCUCAUCAGGAAUUUGCAUUUGUGAUCUACGAUAAGCCAGAAUACGCGUUAUACGCGGCCAAGUUGUUCAACAACAUUCCCUUUCUCAAUGGAAAAUUGGUGGCUACCCCGAGAGAUCGGACGGAAAAUGUGAGUUGAGUCUUUUCAAUUAUUGCUUCGACUUUUAGAAUCGGAAAUUUCGACGUUGGCAGGACAGGAAUGGCGAUAGCUACAGCUUCCAUAGAGGAACUACGUAUAAAGAUCUCCAAGAGCUGGAUUUCAAUUCAAUGGAGGUCCCUGGGACCAGUGAGGUUGCUCUGGAUGAUAGUCUGGAUAGCAGUCGCUCUUCGCAUGCAAUGUAAGCAGUAUUUUGAAUAGAUUAUCGAUGACGUUUGUCUAGUCUAAUGUGAUAUAUCUGGUGCAAUAUAAGAAAUACUUUAUGAAAUCUAUUUCAGGCACACCACCAUCAACACCACAAUGAAUACUAUUAACACGUCGAUGACCUCCGAAGGAGAGAUCAAAAAUGACACAAUUUACAUCGACGAAUCCGACGAAAUCAUUGUUUUGGAUGAGACCCAUGACGAAGACGAAGAUGAUGCCGUUGAAGAUACUAAAGCUCUGUCUCGUCAAAGCAUACAAGAAGAUGGAGAAUUGGAGUCGGAUGACGAUGUCGUUGUUGCAUCCAACAAGGAUGAGGAAGAGGAUGAACCCUCCGCGAAGAGGAGAAGAUGGUGA